AUGCAUGCGAAACAAUUAGCAGUCAUUCUCGGCGCCACUGCAGGCCAGGGCCGCUCUGUUGUUGAUACCCUUCUCCGCAAUGAUCUCUACGGCGUCCGCGCAGUCACACGCAACUGCAACUCCAACGAGGCGCAAAACCUCAAAUCACAAGGCGUGGAGGUUGUCGAAGCAGAUCUCGACGAUCUUUCGAGUCUAUCCGCUGCCUUUGACAAUGCACAUGUGAUUUUCGCCGUAACACGAAUGGUAAAUGGUGAUAUGGCCGGCGAAACACGACACGGCCAAAACAUCGCCACUGUCGCGGCGACCAUCCCCACCCUACAGCACUUUAUCUGGUCGACUCUUCCAUCUGCUCUAUCCAAGGGAUUCUCAGUCCCGCAUCAAGACGCCAAGGCAGAAGUAGACGAAUACAUCCUCUCCUCACUGCCGGACUUCGUGCCGAAUCGGGUGAAAUCCGCUGGAAAACAUGUCUGGAUUCAGCCGGUCGGACCGAAGACGAUCUUGCCUCUUGUUGGCGGUCAUCGAGUGAAUGUCGGGCUGAUUGUAGAGAGGAUCCUAGCGAGUCCGAGUCAAUGUCUUCCACGGCGAUACGUGCGUGGAGUAACUGACUGGAUUGAGAAUGGGGAGUUUUUCGGUCUGUGGAUGGAGGCUACUGGGAGCAGGACAGGGCAGGAUAUUGAUGCUGUAUAUAUCCCGACCGAGAUAGAUGCGGUUGAGCAGCUGUGGCCGGGGAUGGGCGGGGAAUUGGGAGUCAUGUUGAAGUUUCUGGAAAGGUCUGGUCGAGCAGCAUGGGAUAAAGAGGCGAUAGAGGUUUUGACCAUUGAGGACUUGGGUUUGGAGGUGGGUUGUAAUGGAUUGCGCAGACUAGCGUAG